AUGCAAUCCUCCGCCCCACCCACGGACGUCCUCUCCAAGCGAGCCCACACCGAAGCAGCCCUGUCGCAAAUCCGCAACCGCGCCGCCGCGACGAGCACUUUGCCGACGAUCGAUUUCACCGUCCACGUCAACGAUGAAGGCCAGACCUUCUCCACCACCCAACGCGUCGUCAAGGAAGUGCAGGCUCCCGCCGUGCACAAACCGACGGAGCAACAGUUUUGGCACGAUGAGACGAGGACCAAGCCUGACAUCGCGUUCUUGAAGAAUCAUUUCUAUCGCGAGGGAAGAUUGACGGAGGAACAGGUUCGUUUGGCCAGUCGUGGUGGCGGCGCAUGCUCCUUCCUCGCCCCCCCCCCCCCGCCCUGUGGCAUCAGCAUGGGUCGCAAAGGUCGUAAAGACUGAUCGCGGAUCUACGCUGCUCUAGGCCCUGUGGAUCCUAACAACGACCUCGGAGAUCCUCAAGUCCGAACCCAACUUGCUCGAGGUCGACGCGCCCAUCACCGGUUCGUCUCUCACCUCCCUGCGUCUGCCUUGCCCGUGCUCACCUCAGUUUGUGUCCGUUCUCCGUCCAGUUUGCGGUGAUAUUCAUGGACAAUACGUGAGUCCUUCAGACAUUAUGCGUUCUCGCCGUUCCACCAUUCCCCGCGCCAGUAAUCGUCCGUUCUCUGUUCCGCCCGCCGCCCCACACGCACCACCCCUCCACGCUCCUCUCAUCGGCUCCAACUGUCCUCCUUCCUUCAUGACCCUUAACCAUCCCUUUCUCCCCUUUUGUGAUUACAGUAUGACUUGAUGAAGCUGUUCGAAGUCGGUGGUAACCCCGCCGAGACGCGGUAUCUCUUCCUGGGCGAUUACGUCGACCGGGGCUACUUUUCCAUCGAGGUCAGUGCACGCACCGCGAGCCCGCUUAUCCCCAUGCCCCCCCUAGUGUCUGACCUCCCGGAGCCUCGUUCAUGCAGUGCGUUCUCUACCUCUGGGCACUCAAAAUCUGGUACCCCAAAACUCUCUUCUUGCUUCGAGGCAACCACGAAUGUCGACAUUUGACCGACUACUUUACCUUCAAACUAGAAUGUGAGCCGAUCGCAACCCGAUCACGAGCAAAUCUCUGCGUUCUUGAGCGCUCAUACGUUCUUGCCGUCUUUGACUCACACAGGCAAACACAAGUAUUCCGAGACGGUGUACAACGCUUGCAUGGAAUCCUUCUGCACGCUCCCUCUCGCGGCGGUCAUGAACAAGCAAUUCUUGUGCAUUCACGGAGGACUCAGUCCUGAACUCAACACCCUCGAUGAUCUGCGAACGGUCCGUGGUUCUGCUUCCUCAUUGCUUCCCUUUUGAUGAGGCUGACGGUUGAGGCUCUGAUUCCGGGUGAUACAGGUCAAUCGAUUUCGAGAGCCGCCAACACACGGCCUGAUGUGCGAUCUGCUGUGGGCUGAUCCGCUAGAGGAAUUUGGCAACGAGAAGAACAGCGACGGAUUCGUACACAACCAUGUGCGGGGUUGUUCGUAUUUCUUCACGUGCGUUGGAGAACGCUUUGUCUAGAUCUGCGUGAGAGCAACGCGAUUGCUCAUAAAGACCUCUGUCUGUACAGAUACACCGCGGCGUGCCAAUUCCUCGAGCGCAACGGUCUGCUGGCGAUCAUCCGAGCGCACGAGGCCCAGGAUGCAGGGUACCGCAUGUACCGCAAGACCAAGACGACCGGUUUCCCCUCGGUGAUGACCAUCUUCUCGGCACCCAACUAUCUCGACGUGUACAACAACAAGGCCGCCGUGCUCAAGUACGAGAACAACGUGAUGAAUAUCCGCCAGUUCAACUGCACGCCCCACCCGUACUGGCUGCCUAACUUUAUGGACGUCUUCACGUGGAGUUUGCCCUUUGUGGGAGAGAAGAUCACGGAUAUGUUGAUUGCCAUGUUGGGGAUUUGCUCCAAGGAGGAGUUGGAUGAGGAGGAUGAGAUGGAGGAGGAUCAGAUUGAGGAAGGUGAAGAGGGUGAGAGUGGAGAGGAAUUGAGCGGUCAGUUCAUACUCGGGCCAGCCUUACGGGUAACGUCACUGACGAUGGUUUCGGUCCUUACGUGGCUUCACAGAGGAAGAAGCGGCCAUGCGUCGACAACAGAUUAAAAACAAAAUCUUGGCCGUCGGCAAAAUGUCCCGACUGUUCUCGGUCUUGCGAGAAGAGUCGGAAUCCGUUUCCGAACUCAAGAACGUGUCCGGUGUUUCGGGCGUUUUGCCCUCGGAUGCGCUCGCGAACGGUGCCGAUGGUAUCAAGGACUCGAUCACAAACUUUAUCGACGCUCGCAAGUCCGAUAUCGACAACGAGCACUUGCCGCCUGAUCUCAUCGACCCUGAGGACUUUAUCUCGUCUGGACCUGGAUCAUCGGCCGGUGGGUCCUUCUCGGAUCCCGCUUCCCCGUCCACGGAGGAGCCGAUGCAGACCUCGUCGCCGAUCGAGCGCACGGCUUCCCCAUCGUCCAUGGACGGUGUUUCCCCUUCGAGCCCGAAGAGUGGGCCAACCUCCCCGAGCCUACCCUCUUCCAACUCAUUACCCGGAUCCGCAUGGCCCGGCGUGCUCGAAUCGCCCAAAGCCGACAACGCCAGCGCGCGCUUCCGCAAAGGCCACGGUAGGCAGAGUUCGCUCGGUACGACGAGGACCAGUCCGUCGACGCGUCGUCGCAGUCUGGAGAACACGAUGGUCAUGAUGCGCGAGGCGAUGAGCAAGAACGAUUCGUCUAUGGAGGAACUGGCGGAGAAAGUAGCGGCUGGGGCCGAUGCGCCGAGCUCGCCGCAGAGGUCACCGAGGAACUCGAUUUCGGGUGCACCCGGCUCGCCAAGAUCACCAACGAGAUCAUCGGGCUAG